CAUGUGAUGGGGGGCAGGGCUUGGGGAGGAGAGGCAGGCAGGGUCUGAGGGCCUGGAAGAAAAGGAAGAUCCUGGGGUCUCAGCAGGAUAGGGUGGGGUGGGGCUCUGGGACUGUGAGGACCCACCCAGAGUGGGCUGGCUGGAAACAGGAGCUGGUUGAGCUGAGAUGGAGCUGCUUUCUUUCUUUGGAUCUAUGACUUCACUGCCUACUUCCCUUGGAGUUGAGGUCCCUGUGCCCACCGGAAGUCAGCUCUGUGCCUGCGGCUCCAGGACUCCACCCUCUGUACAUCCCUGUGGGCCAGGAUCCUGCCAAGAAAGGGAAGACCUCACCUUGCCUGGAAUCCUUCAGCAUCCCCAGCUCAACCUGCAGAAGACCAAGGCCUGGCCCAAGCAGGGAGCCUGGAACCAGAGGGAAUGGCCCCUGGGAGCUGCAGACCCCCAGCCCAGGAGUUGGUGACAUUCCAGGAUGUGGCUGUGGACUUCACCCCAGAGGAGUGGGGCCUCUUGGACCCUUCUCAGAAAGAGCUGUACAAGGAGGUCAUGGUGGAGAAUGCCCAGAACCUGCUGUCCCUGGAGAGCAAAGGUACCAGUGUCUCUCCAUCCUCCUCCCUUCCUUAUCCCAUGCCCAGGACUUUCAGCUCCCAGAGAAGGAUUCAUCUCCCAUUUUGGACAAGGGGAUACGCCAUGGAUGCUGGAGCAAGAAGUCCCCAGAACCUCUUGUCCAGAUGGAGAGACAAGGCUUGAAAUGAGGAAGGCUACUGCCAAGUUGAACAUUUCUUCAGAAGAAUCACGACAGCAAAGAUUCAUGAAAAAUGGUGUCUGGGGCUCUGAUAUCAUGAUGGAGAAAAAACAAAAGAGUCACUGUGCAUUUGAUCAAGAUGGAAAGAGUUUUAGACAAUGUUCAGCCCUAAUUCAGUGUAAGAAAAUGACCUCAGGGAACUGCUGUUCACGGGAUCAUAAAUAUAGGGAGUGCUUUACUGAACCAGUAGAGGUGGUUGAGUCUCAUGAGAAGCUUCCUAAAGUGCAAACUUAUGGAUGUGAGAAGACCUUCAGCUUGAAUUCAGAACUAAUUAGAUCUCAGAAAAGUCAUGCUGGAGAAAUGCUUGGUAUCUGUAAUGAGGGUGAGAAGGCCUUGAGUCAUAAUUCAAAGCUCACUGACCACCAGAAAAUUCUAAAUGGAAAGCAACGUUAUGGAUGUAGUAAAUGUGGUAACGCCUUUAAGCAACACUCAUCCCUUGUUUGCCUUCAGAGAAUUCACACUAGAGAGAAUUCUUGUGAGUGUCAUGAAUGUGGUAAAACUUUCAGUGAAAACUCAACCCUUGAUUUACAUCAGAGAAGAUGUACUGGAAAAAAACUUUAUGAAUGUAGCCAUUGCAGAAAAACUUUCACACAAAAGUCCAGUCUUGCUGCACAUCAGAGAAUCCACAGUGGAGAGAAACCUUAUGAAUGCAAUCAGUGUGGAAAGAGCUUCAGACAGAGGUCAAUUCUUGCUAAUCAUCAGAAAAUCCACACUGGAGAGAAACCUUAUGAAUGUGUUAAAUGUGGAAAGGCUUUCAGACACAGAUGCAAUCUAGCUGCACAUCAGACAGUCCACACUGGAGAGAAACCUUACGAAUGUAAUCAGUGUGGAAAGAGGUUCAGACGGAGGUCAACUCUUGCUAAUCAUCAGAAAAUCCACACUGGAGAGAAACCUUAUGAAUGUGAUCAAUGUGGAAAGGCUUUAAGAUACAAAUGCAAUCUUGCUCAACAUCAGAUAAUCCACACUGGAGAGAAACCUUAUGAAUGUAAUCAGUGUGGAAAGAGGUUCACAGAGAGAUCAAGAAUUGCUGAGCAUCAGAAAAUCAACAAUGGAGAGAAACCUUGUGAAUGUGAUAAGUGUGGAAAGGCUUUCAGACACAGAUGCGAUCUAGCUGAACAUCAGACAAUCCACACUGGAGAGAAACCUUAUGAAUGUAAUCAGUGUGGAAAGAGGUUCAGACGGAGGUCAACUCUUGCUAAUCAUCAGAAAAUGCACAGUGGAGAGAAACCUUAUGAAUGUGAUCAAUGUGGAAAGGCUUUCAGAUACAGGUGCAAUCUUGCUCGACAUCGGAUAAUCCACACCGGAGAGAAACCUUAUGAAUGUAAUCAGUGUGGAAGGAGCUUCACACUGAGGUCAAGUCUUGUUGAGCAUCAGAAAAUCCACACUGGAGAGAAACCUUAUGAAUGUGAUAAAUGUGGAAAGGCUUUCAGACGCAGAUGCUAUCUAGCUGCACAUCAGAAAAUCCACACUGGAGAGAAACCUUAUAAAUGUAAUCAGUGUGGAAAGAGCUUCACAGAGAGGUCAAGAAUUGCUGAGCAUCAGAAAAUCCACACUGGAGAGAAACCUUAUGAAUGUGAUAAAUGUGGAAAGCCUUUCAGAUACAGAAGCAGUCUGGCUGCACAUCAGAGAAUCCACACAGGAGAGAAACCUUAUGAAUGUAAUCAAUGUGGAAAGAGCUUCACAUACAGGUCAAGUUUUGCUAAUCAUCAGAAAAUACACACUAGUGACAAAUCUUAUGAAUGUAAUCAGUGUGGAAAAGCUUUCAGAAUCAGCUCCAAUCUUGCUCGACAUCGGAAAAUCCACACUGGAAAGAAACCUUAUGAAUGUAAUCAGUGUGGAAAAGCUUUCAGAAUCAGCUCCUAUCUUGCUAAUCAUCAGAAAAUCCACACUGAAGAGAAACUAUGAAUGUAAUCCAUGUGGAAAGAUUUUAACAAAUACCUACAAUUUUUCUGUAUACCAGGAAGUUCACACUGGAGAAAAACUUUAUAAAUGUAAUCAUUGUGGAAAGGCUUUUACACAGAGCUGGAGCCUUACGAAACAUCAGAGAGUCCACACUGGAGAGAAACAUUAUGAAGGCAAUCAGUAUGGUAAAGCCUUCUAACAACAGUCAUUCCUUAUUUCCCAUCAGGAAUUCAUAAUAGAUGGAAAUAUCAUCUCUGUCCUGAAUGAGGAAAGGCAUUUAAAUGGAGUACAGAGCUCAUUAGACAUCAGAAAAUUCAUUCUUGGGACAAGUUCUAUAUUGACUCAAAGUGGGAAAACCUUCACAGAUCAUCUCUCUAUAUCAGAUGAUUCAUAGUGGAGAAAAGCUAUGACUGUGUUCAGUGGGGAUAUGCACAUUGCAUGUAUUAUAUUUAAUAGUAAAUGUUAUAAACUUAACAGAAUGAGCUCAUCUUAUUUUAUGGUUGUGAAUUUUAAAAUAAAAUAUCAGGUAUCAAUAGUU